GCGGCGGGGGCGGGACGGCCGCAGGAAGCACCGACGCUCCUUCCACAAAGGCCAAAUGGUGGCAGGAGCCGCGGGAGGGCGGCAGGAAAGGGCUCCCCCUGAAUCCCGGCCGCUCCAUCCUGGCUCUGCUGAUCGCUGCCGCUCGGUACUUGCGACCCAUGGAUAAGCUGCAUUUUUAAUAGCAGGUUUUGCUGGGUUUAAUAAACGUGUGUUAGUCUGGGCUACGAGCAGGUGGAUGGGACUGGAGGAGCGUAAGAUUGGUCGCUGUGCAUAUUGCCGAUUGAGCUCGCGAAUAGGUGCAGUUAAUAAUUUCUGCCCUAGUUAGGCCUGGAAUUUUUCGAACUGUGUUGGAAUGCUCGUUUCUAAAAGCAUAGGUGGGAGCCUUAUGCAGUAGUUUUCCACUUUAUUUUUGAUGUGGCUAAAAUUCCACAGUUCGGGCAGUUAACUGCAAUGUGGGAAAUUCCAUUAACAUUUAAAUGAUGCUGUAAUUUCAAAAUUCUAAAGUGACCCCUAAACACGUACUAGGAAGGGAAGACAGAAAGUAAUCCACUAGAGAUAUAAUUCAUAGUGAUUUGCAGCUACUGUGUCUUCUAUAGUUGUUUUUUUUUCCUGACAGAUUGUAAAAAUUACACCUAAUAACCUUACAUUUUGUACUUCUUCCUGACGCUUAACACAGUGUGCCCAGAAAUCAUACAGGGCAAAAGUCAAAGCCUCCACAGUUACUUCUGCAGGAAUCCUUUGAAGUAUCUAAUAAAGAAAUUAAAAUUGAAAACUUCUUGACUUCAUCUCCUUCUAGCAAAAUAUUGGACUUCUAAACCACAAGUAACAGUACUAUAUUUUUUAUCCAGUGCUUCUAAUUCUGUUGGGUUCGGGGUUUUUUACCUAAAGUGCUGAAAUCUAAAACUUUUCAAGAUUUUAUCUUGCUUAGCGUUGUGAAGUUGUUUUAGCAUUAAAGAAUCCUAAAACUCUAAAACAUGUGUUUUUAUAUUUAGUGUAUAGAAAAUGCAGUGACUGCACACAUCUCCCUGUGACCUAACAAGUACACUUAAAUGAACCUCAGUAGUGACCACCUGAAGUGCUGCUGUUUCAGAGCAAAUAGUUCCGAGGUUCUGUAAGCGGAGGAGCCCUUUGCUAGCAUCAGGCUAUGAGUUGCUAUGUAAGAUGAACUGUAGGCGUUUACUUGCCCGUCUGUCUGAAUGUAAGAUUGCCUUUCACUAUGUAUUAUUUUAAGAUUUGUGCAAUAAUGUGUGAACUCUGGGUUUUUGCUCACCACGGGCUGUGUUGUGCAGCCGGUGCUGAUCCUUGCUCCUGCGGUGCAUUUGUGAUUUGUGCUUUGCCGUAGCUGGGUCAGGUGUCUGUGUGUGUGAUGUGCACAAACCGGCCUGUCACAUCCACUGCUGCCUGCGGGCUCUGCGCCCCUGCAAGGCCUUCCAUCCUUGGAAUUUGGAACUGUUUGGUGCUCCAGGUGGAGGGGAGACCUCAAGAGCAUGGAUCGUGCCAUUCCCUCCACACUUCCCAGCCUAGCCCGUAGUUUACUGUCACUUCAGCCUGUUCACGUUUCCCAGUUAUGCCCUGAGCUAAUCCAUGAUUUAGUCCAUGUGGUCUCUUGCCAUACUGCAGAUGUUGCUAUAUCAGGGGUUUGGUGGAACUGCUGCCACAUUGAACAUUAGACACAAUCACAGGACACCUUGUCAACUGCCUUCUCAUACUGGUUUUAUGUAUGCUGAAGAAGAGGAAAGCUGGAGAAUUAAAUAAAAAUCUAACUGCUUUUGCAGCCUGUAAGCGUUAGGGGAUAAUUGUGAAAUGUAGUUCAUCACAAUGCAUGGUAUUCUCUCUCCUGAUUAUGUAAUUUUGGAGAUGACUGCAAUUGUAAAUUAGUGUUCAAUAACCUGAGGAAGUAGCAGUGCAAGUCCUUAUCCUAAAGCCUAAUGCUCAGAGGAUCAGCAUUCUGCAAUACUCAUUUACAAAAUAUAAUUUCCACAUUUUAUGUGUUCACAGGUAAAACUGUUAGGUCCUCUUAUUUCAGUGUAUUUGUGAAUUUUAGGGGGUUUAACCCACAUUGAUCUGCUUUAAUAGAAUUUACCACAAAUAAUUUUAAAAUUUGUAUUGAAUUGUGUACUUAAUGCUUCUGGUUAAAAAAAUAAAAACCACCACAUAGUAAUUAAAUACUCUGAUUUUGUUUUGUUUUUCCUCUUAAGUUGCCUCAUCCUACCUCGGUGGAUGGCUUGGCCUCUGGGAUAGUCCAAGACUCUUGGAUGACCACGCUUUAUGCAAAAUCCAGAAUCUUCCUGCCUGGACUCCUCUCUGUUUUCUAAGGGUUCAUGUUGGGGAGAGGCCUAAAGCGCAAGCUGAGUGACUAUGAGGAGAGCAUGGCUGGUCUCUCGAGUGCCUUUGACUCCAGCCGAGGUCUGUCCUACCCCCUCAAGAGGCAGCUGGUGCUCAACAUGUGCCUCACCAAGCUGCAGACGUACAAAAUGCUGGUGGAGCCCAACCUGCACCGCUCCGUGCUCAUCGCCAACACCGUGCGCCAGAUCCAGGAGGAGAUGAGGCAGGAGAGCAGCCAGCAGCCAGUGAGCAUCUGCCCUGGCAUUGCUCCUGCUGCUCACAGCUACCCAGGGAUGGAGGCCCCUGGCAUCUCCCUGCAGCUGCCCGCAGGUGUUGGUCAGCAGGAGUCCCACUGCUGUGAGCUGCGCUCCGUGGAGGACCCCAUCGAGAGCAGCCUGCUGAUCGUGUCAGAUGAUGACAUGUCAUCUGCUAUUUCAUCUAUUCUGAAGGAUUUAGACUUUGUGGAAGAUAUCAGCCCACCUACCUGUCUGGUUCCUACUGGAGAUGACCAGCCAAAGUUUCCAGAAAAUACUGGUCUGAAACUAGAAGAUGACAGACAGGAUUUGAAGGGAGCUGAAUGUGUGUUUGGUUCCUUUGAGAUUUCAAAUUCAACCAGUUACUUGAAGGAUUUGGCAAUAGAUGACAUAUUUGAAGAUAUUGACACUUCAAUGUAUGAUUCAGACUUUUGUUGCCCUCCCCUGAUGCCGCCCAGAUCACCAUCUCUUGCUACAGAAGAACCAUUGAAAACCUUCCCAUCUUGUAAUUCUUCUUCAGCAAACAACAUUCAGAUAUGCAGAACAGAUCUGAGUGAGUUGGACCACAUCAUGGAAAUUCUCGUUGGAUCCUGAUACUUGUUUUACCCAAAGAUACUUUUAGACUGCCACUUGUAUUUGGUUUCAGGAUAAAAGCCACUGGAAUAGUUGUAAAGAAUUCUUUUAAAAGCAAACUAAAUAAUAAUUUGUCCAUAGUAGAAUUUUCUAAAUAAUUCCAAAACUCACAAACCAAAAAAGUGGCAGAUUUUAAAAAAGAAAAAAUUAUUUAUCAGAACUGUGCAAUCAUCAUUUUCCUUCCAGGGUGUAUGUGGAACAAUGGGCACAUACCCUCAUCACCCCUCAUGCCUCUUUCAAUAAACUUUUUUAUGUGCAAUUUUUAAUUUGACAGAAGAAUUUACAUGCAAAGCAAAUUUCAUAUGAGGUGAUCUUUUACAAAGCCUCCACUUUAUUUUUAAUAUCAGAGUCUAUGCCAAGCUGGCAUCUGUCAAGUUGCAGAGUUAGAUUGUGUGGAUUGCAGACACGUUCUUAGAGAUGGGUAUAUUUUAAAAAUGAGACACGCUUUGCUUUCUUUUGGUCAGAAAAGCAGAUCAAGACACUUACCAACAAAGUCUCUUGCAUUUUCUAAAGCAUUCAGAACUAUUUAUUUUUGUAAAUUUUAUAGUCUUUCUACAUUUUACUACGUUAUUUCAUCAUAGUUCAAAUAUAAUGGACUUCUAGUUGGAUGUGUUUAGCACUACCUCUGAGCUGAAAUGCUUUAACUCUUUCCAGUGCUUCAUCUGAGACUGCAAAUCUUUUUGUUUCUGUUUCUUUCUGGGGGAAAGUACUUCUAACUCAUUAAGUUGAUCCUUUGACAGUGACCUAGCUGAUUUGUGAAAUCAAGGGUAUUCAAUGUUUAAAAACUUUUAAGUAUUUACAAAUUAAUUUAUAUGUAGAUUGUGCAAUUUAACAUUUUUCUGUCAGUAUUAUGUGCUUAGAUUUUGAAUAAUCUUGGCGUUCUUUAAAUUAAAAUUUACUAUGUACAGGUAGCUUUUUAUUCUCUUUUGGAAAACACUGUCCUUCAACCCUGCUUUCACUACAGAUUUUAAGAUGAUUUUUUUUAUGUGCAAUAUUAUUUAAAGAGAUACACAUUUUUAUACCUGGCAUUGGUGGGAAGAAACGCUUCAAACUUACAACCUCUAGCACCUUUGGAGGAUACUCACUCAGCCAACAUUUCUGCAUCCUUUGAGAAGCCAAGCUGAGAGCACUGAGAACACAUCACCCUGUGCUGGGACAGCCCUGGGGACCCACCCACUGCUGGGGGCUCUGGGCUUUAUCUGGUUUUCCAUCAGGCAGGUUGGGUUCUGUGUUUCAGCCUGAACCGAGGGCUAGAUCGAUCCCUGUUAUCGUCUUCUGAGUUUCACACUUGCACAUUGCUUUUUGGGUUGGAUUUUGUUUUUAUUUUUUCCUUCUUUUUUUUUAAUUAUAAAACUUUUACUUUGUUCUUGAAAGCUGCGGCACCUAUCUUGGAAACUUGCAGUUGUAAAACCUUUGCUACGGUUUGUUGUAUUUUUUGGGGUUUUGUUGUUCUGCUGAGACUUUUUAUGAGCGGAGUGUCGGCAGAGGGAAAAAAAUGUUGCCUGUGUGUUGCAUCUCACCGAAGUUGAAAUCCUGGCCCUGUUGAAGGGGCCAGGGUGUCACCUGGUAUUUCUAGUCUUAACUGAUGCUGUGGCACACCUGCCUUGUGCAGAGAUCUCCAUUUUUUACUGUGACUCUCUUGGUUAACAGUUAGCUGCCGACAGAAUUUGGUAUCCCAGGCCAAUGGAGAACCAUUUCAGGUCACAUCCUCGCAGCCAUCUGGGUUGUUCAGCAACUGAAGGGUAUAAAUGUAUUUAUAUGCAUAUAUUGUAUUGAUUCUAAUAUAAAACUUCUGAUCUAAAGCAUUUUGAAUUGCUGGAUAAAGGGAUUUGUUUGAAGAGUGUAUAACUAGUUCUUGAAGAAGUACAGCUUCAGAAUGUACACAGAUUGUGCAUUGUGUAUAGACUACUCUGGCUUUUCCUCAGCCUCUACUUUUGUAUUAAAAAUAUGACUGAAUAAAUCCUUGAAAUAUUAAGGGCCUUCUGCACUGUGAUGAAACAGAGAUGCGGUUAAAAAUGUCUUUAAAUUCAGUGAUGAGGGAUAAAAAGACUGCAUCUAAUCUCUUUUUGCAUUUGAAAAUAUGGAAUGUUACUAUGCAGUAAAGAUAUUUUGGUAUGAAAAUUGUAUCAUAUAGCAAAUAGUGAACGCUUAAUAAAUCCACUUACCUUGCAGUCUCUACA